GCCUCUUCUCUCUUUCUUUACAUACGUCUCUAACAAUUUUCUAUAUGCUUACUGUAAAAGAGGAGGAUAUUCAAAGUAAUUCUCAAUAUGAAAAUGCUAUUGAAUGUUUUCUUAGAUCUAAAGUGUAACUUCAGAAUUCACUUUAAAAGAUUCAAUCUUUUAAAAUCCCAACUUCCGUUGAUGUUAACUGAUGCUGAGAGUUACUGGUGGCAUUUGCAGCCACUUGCAAUGGUCCAAUUCUUGCUUCCGUCUUCAAUAAGAGUGGCCAUGCGGCAUAUUUCUUCCAGGAUGGCACCAUUGGUGGCCCUACAAAAGGAGGUGUAUAUCCAGCUGUUAGCACUUGCUGUCGGAGCACCCCCAAACGUGGGUGACGCCUAUUCAUCUAAGAGCCAAGAUCACAAAUGAAUCCUCGUCAGAUGUUACUUUUAGAAUAUGAUGUGGUUAAUUUUCUUCGAAUGAAUGUAAAACAUUACUCCUUGAUGUAUUUAGAAUUUAUUAUGUAGUUUUGAAAUGCUAUGUUUUCAAUAUAUGAUGAAUGGUUUGUUUCACUAA